AUGUCAUCGGUGACCCGCCCUCGGCGGGAGGCCGACUUUGCGCGCUUCCCGUCGUCCACCCCCAUCGUCAUCGACAACGGCGCUUCUACGUUCCGCAUCGGGUGGGCGGGCGAGGCGGAGCCGCGCCUUUCGUUCCGCAAUGUCGUGCAGAGGCCGCGCCACCGCAGCACUGGUGAAACUGUUUCAAUUGUUGGGGACACUGAUCCAUCUCUAAUGAAGUUCUUUGACUGCACAAGAUCGGCAGUUCGCUCUCCAUUUGAUGACGAUGUUGUCUAUCAGUUCGAGUACAUGGAAUAUAUUCUUGACUAUGGCUUUGAUCGAUUAGGUGCCAAUUCAGAGGUGGGCCAUCCAAUUCUUAUGACAGAAUGUGAAUGUAAUCCAUCCUUUUCUCGAGUCCGAAUGUCAGAACUACUUUUCGAGACAUAUGGUGUACCAUCCAUUGCAUUUGGCAUCGACAACGCGUUUAGUUAUAAGUACAAUCAGAAACUUGGAAACUGUAACGAAGACGGGCUGGCUAUUUCAUGUGAACAUGGAACUUGUCAUGUUGUUCCAUUUUUGAAAGGGCAGCCUGUGUUGGGGGCAUGCUGCAGAACCAAUGUUGGUGGAUUUCACAUUACUGAUUUUCUGAGGCAGCUUCUCUCUCUAAAAUAUCCCUAUCACAUGGCAAGUAUUACAUGGGAUAAGGCUGAAGAGCUGAAGAAGGAGCAUUGUUAUAUAGCUCUUGAUUAUAUGGCAGAGUUGCAGAUAUUUAAAAACAAUAAGGAAGAAGCUGAUGAGAAAAUGAGGUAUUGGCAGCUACCAUGGGUUCCCCCACCAAAGGACGAACCACCAUCUGAGGAAGAACUUGCAAGGAAAGCAGCUUUGAAGGAAAAGGCUAGUCAACGUUUGCGAGACAUGGCUGCUGCAAAGAGAUCUCAGAAGAUAGUGGAACUAGAAAAGCAACUUUCCUAUUUGGAGGAAGUAAUGGAGCAACUUGAUGAAGCUGAGGAACAAGAAGCAACAGCUAUUCUAGGUAGAUCUGGAUAUCUUUCCCAGCAGGAAAUCAAAUCUGCCAUUUUGAAAGCAACACAAUCCCUAAGGAAAGCAAAAGGGGAGUCCAAUGGCAAUGAUGAGAAAACUGAUGCCUCAGCAGCUGAUAAGUAUCCACUUGUAUCUGUCCCUGAUGAGACACUGACGCCAGAACAGUUAAAGGAAAAGAAGAAACAGAUAUUACUUAAAACCACAACAGAGGGCAAAUUGCGUGCUAAGCAGAAGCGUGCUGAAGAGGAGGCUUUGCGGGAGAAACAAGAAGAAAAGAGGCGUGCGGAGAACCCAGAGUUAUACCUUGAAGAGCUUCGGUCCCGAUAUUCAGAACUUUCUGAGAAAUUUGAGCAGAGGAAGCGACAGAAAGUUAAUGGUGGUCAGACAAAUGGGAACCAUAGCUCAUCUGGUGGUGUAGGCCGUGGAGAACGGUUAAAUGCAGCUCAGAAAGAAAGGAUGCGGCUGCUUGCCUCAGCUGCAUUUGAUCGGGGCAAAGGUGAGGACACUUUUGGAAUGAGAGACGAGGAUUGGUUAGUCUACAACAAGAUGAGCAAAGACAAUGACGAUGACAGCAAUGAUGACGAUGAAUCGGAACUUGUUCGAAUCGCAUCAAAGCUCCAGGAGAUCGACCCUACAUUUGUGUCCAAAUCUGAAGCUGUUCAACUGACUCCAGAGCCUCCCAAAAUCCGGCCACUCACCGCAGAGGAUUACAGGAUUGCCAUUGGAAUCGAGCGGUUCCGCUGCCCUGAAGUCCUCUUCCAGCCAGGCAUGAUAGGAAUCGACCAGGCUGGCAUUGAUGAGAUGGUCAGCAUCUCACUCAGGAGAUUAAUGGAGGACGAGUCUGUGAAGGAGCGCCUCUGCCAGUCAAUCCUUGUCACUGGCGGGAGCUCCCUGUUCCCUGGCAUGAUCCCUCGGCUGGAGUCUGGGAUACGGCAAUAUCGGCCCUACCUCGCUCCCCUGAAGCUUGUCAGAGCAGCUGAUCCCAUUUUAGACGCGUGGAGGGGUGCUGCUGCCUUUGCGGCAUCAAGCAAGUUUGGUAAACAAACUUUCAGCCUAGCAGAUUACAGAGAGCAUGGAGAGAACCUGUUUCAUCGGUACAACAUUGUGUACUCGCCUUAA